AUGGCAGCGUUCUCUCUUACUUACCUUUGGCUCAUAUUUAUGAGCGUGUGGUCGAACUCGCAACCUUGGCCAUCGGUGGAUGUCGAGUUUUCCACUGGCGAUAACUUGCGUCUCCUGGAAGAUGCGCAGAUGUUAAAGCCUCACUUUUUCCCAGCUAUACCUCGCCCAGAUGCCUUCCAGCCAAACAUGUCAUUUGCCUUUGACUUUUUACACGUCGCUUCAUACCGUAGACCAGGUGUCACACCAACAAUCUUUUACCUUUGA